AACUUAUGCAUAAUAGCAUUAUGCCAUAAAUGUUAUGCGGAAGCUAGGAUGCUUACCUUUAACCAUAGUCAUACCAAUAGAUAUCCUGACUUCAAACCAAUGUUUUAUGGCUGCAACACAAACAAAACAAUCCUUUAAAGGUGCUUCUAUUCUAUACUUUCUUCCAGCUAUUUGUGCAAAUAGAUAGAUCAACAAGCUCAUGGUAUCAAUGUAUAUAUAUAUAUAUAUAUACCUAGUAGUUCAAGCCAAUAGAAAUGGGGCAGCCACAUGCAUUAGUAUUCCCAUUCCCAGCUCAAGGCCAUGUCAUCCCUUUACUGGAACUAUCUAACCGUUUGGUUGAGAGAGAGUUCAAGAUUACAUUUGUUAACACUGAGUUGAACCAUGCUCGCAUCACCAGUGCCAUGUCAAACAGCAGCUGUGACAUGAAUCAUAUUAAUUUUGUUACAAUCGUUGAUGGAGCGGAGGAAGGAGAUGACCCAAAUGAUCUUGCCAGGAUUUAUGAAAGAUUACAACAAGUCUUGCCUGCAUAUUUGGAGGAGCUGAUAAAGAAGAGCAACAUGGUGGAAAAUCAUAAGUUCACUUGUUUCAUUGUUGAUAUCUUCCUGGCAUGGACUUUGGAUGUUGCUAAGAAAGCAGGACUCCAGACGGUUCUCUUCUAUGUAGCGGGCCUCGGAACUUUGCUCAUUGGACCAAGCGUACCCAAACUAAUUGAAGAUGGCAUCAUUGACGAACAAGGAGAGGUAAAAACAAAAGGAAAGUUCCAAAUAAGCCCUGAAAUACCAUCUAUGAGAAGUGCUGAUUUGCCAUGGCAGUGUUUCUCGGACAUCAAAACAAGACAUCACAUGUUUAAAUUAACCUUGAACGUUGGUGCCACUGUCAACACAGAAGAGCUUAUCCUCUGCAACUCAUUCUCCGGCCUUGAAAUGGGGAACUGCAUCGUUCCACCAAACAUAUUACUAAUAGGGCCAUUGCUCGCCAGUCAAGAAUUCAAAAAACCAAAAGGAUACUUCUGGGAGGAGGAUACAUCCUGCAUCACAUGGCUUGACAAACAACCUCCCAACUCUGUGAUUUACAUUGCUUUUGGUAGCCUUGCAAUGUUUGAUCACUGCCAGUUUGAAGAGCUUGCUCUUGGGUUAGAACUAUCCGGCAAGAGGUUCUUGUGGGCAAUGAGGCCCGGGUUCACCGGAGAGGAGGAUGUUGGAUUUUUGGCAAGAUUUAGGUCCAGGGUUGAAGGAAGGGGAAUGAUAGUGAGUUGGGCUCCUCAGCAGCAGGUAUUGGCUCACUGUUCCAUUGCUUGUUUUAUGUCUCAUUGUGGAUGGAAUUCAACAAUGGAGGGACUGGCAAAUGGAGUGCCAUUCCUUUGUUGGCCAUAUUUUGCUGAACAGUUUAUCAACCAAGGUUACAUUUGUGAUGUUUGGAAAAUUGGUUUGAGGAUGAAUCUUGGCGGUAACAAAGUUGUUUCAAGGGAGGAAAUUAAGAGAAAAGUGGAGGAGUUGAUGAGUGAUGAAGCGAUGAAGGCAAGGGCAAUGCAGCUGAAGGCCAUGGCUGAUAAGAGUGUCAAAAAAGGAGGGUCUUAUUUGGAGAAUUUCAACUGCUUUGUCAAUCGUAUGAAGUCUUCAGUCCAUUAGUAAAUAUUAAUUCUUGAAAUGUGUUAUGAAUGUAAGGUUGAAUGUCUGUCCAUUACACUCUCCUACCACUUUAUCUUCACAUGAGAUAUACUUAUUUGAUA